GUGAUUGAAAUUAAAUAAUAAAAAAUAAUAAAGAAAAGGAGAAAUGAUCAGAGCCUGGAAGCUGCCGGCAACGCGAUAAAUGUCCCAUGUAUUCCUCGUGCUUUAACACUUGAGAGAGAGAGAGAUAAGAGAAAGUACAGAAAAGCUGAAACCCUGAGAGACUGAGGGCUUCCGAUUCGGUGAUUCUCUGAGCGGUUUGGAGUUUGAAUCUUUGUUUGUAUGCGACGCGCCGGAAAACAUGUCCAGUUUGCCGGAAUUUUUAGACACCGGGAGGGUUGCCGGCCAGAAGGUCCCCGCCAAAGCCCCGGAGAGGUCCAACUUCUCCCACAAGUGUAGUAUGCUUAGCCAGUACCUCAAGGAGAAGGGGACCUUUGGAGAUCUGAGCCUCGGGAUGACUUGCGGCAUCGACGCGAACGGAACACCAGCACCGGGCGCCAACCCCACCAUGAGCUUGUUUCCCGUCAUGGGAAAAUCCAGUGAAAUUUCUGCGCCAAACAUGGCGACACCCCGAGACUUCAAAUCCAUGGAUCUGUUCCCACAACAAGCUGGUUUUCUCGGUUCCUCCAAUUCUAAGGAGGAGGUCUCAAAGAAGGCUGAUCCCAGUGCAAACAACUGUGCCACUAUGGAUUCUGAAACUGCACAACUGACCAUAUUUUAUGCCGGGCAAGUGAUUGUGUUCAACGAUUUCCCGGCCGACAAGGCCAAGGAGGUGAUGCUCCUCGCCGGCAAAGGAUGCCCUAAGCUUGGUCCCAACGGAACCACAAUCCCUGUUGAUUCUGGCAAUUUGGCUCCCUCCAGCCCCACUGUCACUCCUAACUUUGGCAGCAAUACGUCCCCAGAGGGUAUCCAACAGCCUCCUCAGUCCAUUGCCUGUGAUCUACCUAUUGCAAGGAAGGCAUCACUCCAACGCUUCUUGGCCAAGAGGAAAGAUAGGAUUGCUGCUAGGGCGCCUUACGACAUAGGCAGCACAACUGUGUCUCCUUCCAAACCAGCAGAAACCAAGCCAUGGCUUGGCCUGGCAGCUCAGUCCUCAAAUGCAGUUUGAGUCCCUAAUUAUAGUCUUUUUAGAUCUGUAUAAGUUAGCCCUCCACGUUAGAUCUAACUAUAUAUUAGUAUAAUUAACUCUAAUGAAAACCGCUCCAUUACUAAUGAUUUGAAUGAAUUUAAUGUGUGAUUUAUUUC